AUGCCUCGAACUAAGCUGUCACUAAAGCUGAAGUCGAAAAGAAAGAGUUGGACUAAGGCUAACAUGAUUGAAGCUGUAAAAGCAAUGAGAGAAAAGAAAAUUCAUUUGAAAAAAGCAGUUAAACUAUAUAGAGUUCCAAAAACUACUUUGCAAAGAUUUGUGUACAGUGACCAGCCUUCCGAUGAACUUGUAAUAUCAGAAAAUGAUGCCGUGUGUGCCCAGCCCACAAACCGAGAUGACGCUUGUUGCAUUUUUUGUUCUAAAAUUUACUCCAACGAUCAACGGGGUGAAACUUGGAUUCACUGA